CCCUAUAAGUACCUUCUUCUCCCACCACAUACUUCUUCAACCUUUUUCAUCACACUCAAUCUCAAACUAUCAACUACUCAAACUAAACUCAACCCAAACAAACAACCACCUUCACAAUGGAGACCAUCAACAACGCAGCAAACUACGUCGGUGACAAGGCCAGCGAGCUUACCUCCGGUGCUUCCAAGGAGGCCAACAAGAACGUUGCAAAGGACUCUGAUGCGUCCAUUGGAACCCGUGCCUCUGCCGCCAAGGAUGCUCUAGGUGACAAGGCCGACGAGACCAAGAACUCUGCUUCCGCUGAGGGCAACAAGCAGGCUGCUACUCACUAAGCGCCUCAACAUCAAUCAAUCACAUCGACCUCCUACGAUACCCUUUGCUGCCUUUCCUAAGCAUGACGAUGGUCGACAUGAGAUGAGAGAAUGACCACACCUGGUACAUGGUGCAGGUUUAUGAGCUUGGAGCUAUGUAUCUUUUAUGACAUGCUCAAUAGAGCCGAUGGCACCUUGUUAGGUAGUCUCAAUCAAUGAUCCUUUGAAUCAUCAAAA